AUGAUUUCCUGUACAAAUUGUGAAACAAUCAAUGAUGAGAAUAAUAAUAAUUUUUCAAAAUGUGAACAUGUAAAUCAAGAAAUGAUAAUUGUACCAGAUAUAAGUUCAGAUGAUGAUGAUGAUGAAUAUUCGUGUUCAACAUGUUCUUCAGUUAAUGAUUCCGAAUUAAUAUCAUUAGAUACGAAAAAAUUAUGGCAUGAUAUUGCUCAUCUUAUUAAAUGUAUUUAUCGUGAAACACAUAGAGAAUUUACAGAAAAUCAUUCCGAAGAUGAAAUAUGUAAAGCAAAAGAAUACGUUCAGAUAUUAACACAAAUUAAUUCGGAAUCCUUAUUCAAUAAAAUUGAAUCAAUUGUAUUAGAAUAUGUUGAUGAAAUACGUAAUCAAGUUUUGAAACGUUUUCAAACAUCUUUAAAAACUUCAAAUGAUGUGCAAUUAUUUAUUUCAUAUCUUUUGGAUGAAUAUAAUACAUUUAUUCAAGCAUCGAAAAAUAUCUCAACCAUUCUAUUUUAUUUGGAAGAAAAUUAUAUGAAAUCAUUUCAUUUAACUUGGUUAUUAUAUAAUAAACAUUUAUAUGAAAAAUUAAUUUAUAUGGAUAAAAAAAUUCAACAUUCAAUGUCAACAAUGAUUGAUUUACUUCAACCAACAAAUGAUGAUACAAAUAAUUAUUCACCAGCGGAAGAUACACAUUUAUUAAAUCGAUUUUUAGAAUUCGAUGAAGAAAUGUCGGAAAUAGCUUGUGUAUAUAAAGAUUGUCAAACAAAAAUGAAUUCGAUAUCAAAAAAUAUUUUUAUUCAAAAUGGGAUUGUUGUUGCGACAAAGAAGAAGAAGAAAAUUUGUAAAAAAUUAGUUGAAGAUAAUAGUAAUAGUACGACAACAAAUGCUGUGAAUAUUCCAUCUGUAUCAUCUCAACAAGGUUCAAAUGGUUCAUCAAUAGGUUCCGGUAUUGGUGGUAAAGAAUCUUCAUCGAUUUCAUCAUUUGAUGAAUAUCUUAAUAAUACAUCAUCAUCAAGUUAUACAAAAGAAGAAUCUGAUCAUAAUACUGAUGAAUUAUUUCAUGAUAUAUUAAAUAAUAUUUCAAUUAAACCACAAAUUCAACAGGAAAUGAAUGAUAAAAAAUCGAAAUCUUCAACAAAUCGUCGAAAAGAAACUUCUCUUACACCUGAUUUAAUUUUCCCACCUAAACCUCCAUCAUCAAUAUCAUCAAAACUUCAAGCUGAUCUUCGUUCAUUAACAAUACCUUCAUUAACUAAAAUUCAAUCAGUUUCAUUUACAGCUGGAACAUUUGCUUCAAUAACAACGGAUGAAUCAUCUCGUUUAGCAGCAAUAAAUCAAGGGCGUUUAAAUAUAAAUCUAUCACGAAAAUUAGCAUCAACAAUUAAAACUGAUUCAACUUUUACAUGUACAAAUUUCGAUCAAUUUCUUCAUCAAAUUCCAACAUCAUUAAAUACUAAAAAUUGUGAUUUUUGUUCUUGUGAAUGUUGUCCUGAUUCGUCAAAUACAAAUGAUUGUAUUACAUGUAUGUCGAUAUCAAAUAGUACGAUGAUAAAUUGUGCAUUUAAUCUACGUGAUGCUGAAGCAAAACAACGAUUAAAACUUAAAAUAAAUAAACGUACAAUACAAAAUAUAUCGGAUCAAUCAAAUUCUUCAAUUGAAAAUAAAACAAAAAUAAAACCAUAUGGUGGUGGUGAUAAUAAUAUUGAUGAUUUAGUUCGAUUUAUUGAUGGAAAUGAAACAACUUCAGAUAAUAAAUCAACAUCAAAAAAGAAUAAGAAGAAAAAAACGAAACAAAUUCAACAGAAAAAAUCUGAUACAUCUAUAGAAAAUGUUGUUGAUAACAAUUCACAACCUUUAUCAAAACGAAAACAAAAAGCAAAAUUAAAACUUGAACAACAAGAGAAAUUAAUUGAAGAAAUUCCUGCAAUUCAACCUGUUAUAACACCUCAACUAACACCUUCUCUUCCGGAAAAAAUUGAUUCUAUUCAAACAAAUAUUGAACCUUCGUGUGAAAAUUCUCCUUGUUUAGAAGAAGAAAUUAAUUGGAUAACAAUUUCUCGUAAACAAAGUAAACAUAAAUCAACACCUAUUUCAUCUGCACCUGUUAAUACCAAACAAAAACGACAACAAACAAAUAUUAAAGUUAAAACACCAAUUCCUGCUCAACAAAAAGUCACAUCAGAAGUAAUAUCAAAUAGUAAUAAACAACAUAAUACAAACAUUCCUGCAAUACAUGUCCAAAAUCCAGUGAAUAAUCAACCAAAACAAAAGACUGAAUCAUCAUCAGCUUGGUCAAAACAUGAAGAAACACAAGGUAUAGAUUGUUCAGUUAAACCAUCAUCGACUCUUCUUGCAACAGCACCAGUUUUUAUUCCAUCUUCUUCUCUUGUUCAACCAAAUAAAACCAAUGAUAUUCUUCCAAUUGAAGAUACAAUUCCUUCUUCUUCCUGUUGGAAUUCAAAUGAUUAUCGUUCAUCUAAUCCUGUUCAACGACCAAUUUCAUCAUUUCUACCAGCACCUGGACCCCCUAAUACAACAAUAUCUCGUUGUAUUCGACGACCUUCAACUGAAUUACGUACUACUACUUUUCCAACUUAUUCACCAAUGAAUUAUGCUAGGGAUAAUUCAAGUUCAACAUGGAAUGAUAUACCUGUGACAAAUUCAAAUCAAUUCCAAUGGGAAUAUUCACAUGAUGAACAACAACCUCAAACACCAACUAUUCCAAAUGAUUUUCCACUUUAUGAUCCAUUUAAUAGUAAUACGGGUUUAAAUAUUCCAUCAUCAACUUUACUUACUCAUAUACAAAUUCCACAAGUGAAUGAUGUCGAUGAAAUGGAUGCACUUGAUAAAGAAAUUGAAGAUUUUAAGAAAUGUUAUAUUGAUCCUUGUUUUAUUCGUCAAUCUUGA